AUGGUUGGUAUAGUCUCUCACGCGGAAAAAACACCCGCUGAUACCCCCGAAUGGCACCUAAGUGUGUUUGUGAAUAAAAAAUGGACUACCUCCUUCUUCAAUCAAACAAUGGAUGCAAUCUAUCCCAAGUUCUUUCACAAUCAGUGUGAUAAGACCAUCUUCGAUGUGUAUCCGGUCACCUAUAUGCACACAAUGGAUCAUCUGAGGGAAGAGAGAUGUAUCCACGAAGAUUUGCUUGGCGGUAGAUUUUUCACAAUAUGCUUUGUCUAUAGUCAAGUCUAUCCUCUCGCCUUCUUUGAGGAAUACUUCUGCAUCUGGGCCCUAUAA